UUUUGUUUUAGUUGAUUUUUAACUAAAUUACAUGGAAGGUAAAAUGAUAAGAGACAAUAAAAAUUUUAUUUUUGCUGUUAAGUAAAUAUCGUCCUAAGACGAAAACACAAAUAUUUUAUAAAAGUAACUAUGUUUACCUUCUGAACAUAUUUGGUUACUUAUUGAAAUACUGCUAUAAUAAAAACAAGUGCAAAGUCUUAGGUUUUCGCUUUAACGACUUACGCGCGUACAAUAGCUACUAUGAGUGUUGAAGGAUUCUUUGCAGGCUGCGUUGGAGGUUGCGCUGGCAUACUUGUUGGACACCCUUUAGACACUGUAAAGGUUCGAAUUCAAGCACAACCCGUUCAUAGAAGUUACAAAGGCAUUCUAUACUGCUUUAAAAAUCUUGUCCGUUCCGAAGGUUUUUUUGGCUUGUACAAAGGUUUAACUCCACCAUUGUUAGGAUUGUCAGGACAAAAUGCGUUUCUGUUCGGAGUUCAUUACACGAUUUUAAAUAAUUUAGGAAGUAGCUUUUCCAAUGAAUUUUUUUCAGGAUGUAUGACUGGAGCAUUACAAACGUUUUUAUCGUGUCCAAUUGAUUUUGUGAAGAUUCAACUUCAGCUUCAGGCAAUAGGAAUUCAAAAAAAAAAAGUUCAUAAAGAGAUGCUCGGUCCUCUAGGUGUAUUGUCUUGUAUUUACAAGAAACAUGGUAUCACUGGUUGUUUUCGUGGGUUUACUAUCACACUUAUACGUGACUGUCCAGGUUAUGGUGUGUACUUUGGUAGUAACUAUUAUUUUUGUGAAUUGUUUAAACAAAACGACGGAUCCUCAGCUUCUCCAAUGUCUUUGCUCAUUGCUGGAGGUUUAGCCGGAACAAUUUCUUGGGCUGUUUGUUAUCCUGUUGAUGUUUUGAAAACUCUUAUUCAAGCAGACGGUCACUUACCUCACAGUGAACGUAAAAGCAUGAUGUGUUAUGCAAAAAACUUAUACAUUCAAGGUGGAUUUUCCGCGUUCACACGAGGAAUAAACACAACUUUGCUGAGAGCUUUUCCAGUUAACGCUGUUGUAUUUUAUACAGUAUCACUUAUUACUAAAAAACUCAACGCUAAUGCAAUCUCAGUCACAUGACACGACAUUUACAACUAAAUUUUGUCAUGGUAUUUUUUAUAUAUUCUUUAAUAAAAAAGUCGUUAAUGUAUAUUUAUAUAGGUAGGCUUUGAAAAUUAUAUUUUUUAACCAUAAAAAAUAUUUAAAAAAAUUAAUAAUCUAAGUUAUAUAAUAUAGUCGAAAAAAAUGAUCAAAUAAUAAUCAUCAAGCGCGAUGGUUUCAUGAUUGUUGAAGCAUCGAAGCAUUGAGAGUUUUUUUGCUUAGUCGUGCUUUUUGUAUAGAUAAAUUUAAAAAUGUCGUUUUUUUUUAGUGUUAUUUUGAAAAUUUUUUUUGUUGUCCAGAAGGUUUUAUUUUACAAUAACUUAUUUUUUGUUUUUCAAAAUUUUUUUUGUAAAAUAUAGACUGUUAUAACAAUUCUUUUUAUGUUUUGACUUAAAAAAUAAAUGAAUAAAAAUGGUUUUGUAAUCAAAUAAAAUUUUAGUGGGGAAAAGGGUCUUAAUCAACAAUAUCUUGCAUUUCAAUUUUUAGAAUUAUAGGAGAUGAGAUUUGUUAUUUUUUAAAAAAGUUUUUUAAAUAUUGAAAUUAACAGAGAGUCAUUUAGUUUUAAUAACUUGCUCUUUACUUGAAUAUUGAAAGAAAAAAGCCAGCACCUAAUUGAUAAUACUGAAAGAAAAAAGCCAGCACCUAAUUGAUAAUAAACUUACACAAGUUGAGUUUAUUUAUCAACUUAUAAAAUGUUUUUGAUCGUUAUAUUAUGAUUUUAUUUAUAUGUAAAAUGCUUAUGAUGUUAA